AUGAUCAUGAGGAGGCCGAAGCCUUUCUCAGUUGGCUACUCCCCUGGUCCUCAAUUUCAUUUCCAAUCAUCUUCAUAUGAUAAUCGCAGUGCAUUUGAUUUUGACCCCACCAACACAAUCUCCAGAGAUCCAAGAUGGGGUGGAGCAGCACCUCAGAACAAUUUCUAUACAUUUGGCUCCCCUUCAAUUCCUUCACCCACGACACAAAGUCUUCAAGGAGAGUUCUCCAAAUUUGACUUGCUUCCUAUCCAAGAAAGCGUUGAGGACUCACAUCAAAGGUCAGAACAUGGGUUAGAUUGUAAAAAACCUUUCCAUGGCUUCUCAAAGUUAAAGGAGCAGGUGGGCAGGAAAGAAUUAGGGCUUAGCUUAAACAGUGAGAGAGGUGAAGCAGAAGGAGAUGGCAUUGAUCUCAACCUCAAACUCUAAGAGGUUGGCUUACCAAGAAUUGAGAUUCUCAUAAACAACUAUGUAAGAUUGGGAGCAUGAUCAACUGAUCAUUGUCAAUGCCACCAAUUAAUGGUUAAGAUAAUGUUGAACAUAUGA